UCAACCCAGCCGCCUUCCAGGGAUGUGAUCCAGCGAGGAACCACACACAAGCCACGUUCCUCCCCGCUUGGCUCCACCAGGAAGAACUCGCCUUUCCACCAAGAGACGCUUCAUCCUCCUCUCCUCAUCCUUUUUGGAAAGAUGUUGGAAAAUUGGAUUUUGACCAUCCUUAUUUCGUUAGGCGUUGGCUCCGUUCUGGUCCUGGUGGCCACGAUUAUGCUCGUGAAGCAUAACGUCCAUGCCAAAAUCUUCUGGAACGAGCUGGUUUUAGAGAAGAUCACCAACUUCGUCAUGGAUCAAAGCAAAGAGCAGAGGAUUUUAAAUUCGGUCUCGUACAACGCCAUCAAGGGUGAUCCGGAGAGUGUUUUGAAUUGCAUCGAUAAGUACUGUGGCCAGUAUGAGUGGGCCAUGAAUGUCGGAGACGAGAAAGGGAUCAUUCUAGACAAAACUGUGGAGGAAGCCGAGCCGACUGUCGCUCUGGAGAUGGGAACCUACUGCGGCUAUUCAGCCAUCAGGAUCGCUCGCCUUUUGAAGCCAAACGCUCGCCUCCUCACCAUCGAAUUCAACCCCGAGUUUGCAGCCAUCGCAAAAGAGAUCAUUGAAAUUGCGGGACUCAGCGAUAAGGUGACCAUCAUUGAAGGCCAUUCGCAGGACGUUAUCCCUCAGCUGAAGAAGAAAUACGAGGUGGAAACUUUGGAUUUUGUCUUUCUUGACCACUGGAAAGAAAGAUACGCCCCAGACACCAUUCUCCUUGAAGAAUGUGGCCUCCUGCGCAAAGGCUCCAUCCUUCUCGCCGACAACAUCAUCUACCCAGGAGCUCCAGAGUUCAUUAAAUACAUUCGGAGUAACAGCCGCUACGAUUGUACCAGCUACCCUACCUUUUUGGAAUAUAUGAAGGUGGAGGAUGCCAUGGAAAAGGCCAUAUAUAUGGGAUAAGUGGUGGGGAGAGACAGGGAGGGAGAACUUACUAGGGUUCUACCCAUGUACAUGCGAGCCUACGCAAUUUAGUGCUUUAGUUUUGAUUUUGCCAAUGGGAGCUUUUUUUGCAGGCUUCAGAGCUGGCGGUAGAUCAGGAUUUAGGUAUCCAGAGCCAAGACAACUCAAGAGCGACUUCUUCUACCAGAUGUUUCUCGGUUUUAGCAACUUUAAGAUGGGACCUGCACACCCAGCAUGCUGGGGAGGUCGACGUCUGUAAAAGCUGGCUGGGGAAUUCUGGGAGUUGAAGUCCCUCCCAUCUUAAAGUUGCAGAACGCUACCUUCGACAAUCCCUUUCGUUAUAGUUUCAUGCUGUCUUGAGCGGUAUUUUUAUUUCUUCUCUGCUUAAAAUGAUUUCAAAAUGCACAGUUCGGGACCCUGCGGCUAGCCCAAAAGGAGAAGUCACCUGGCUUGAUCUCUAGGGGUGAAGAUCUGUUCUUGGGCUCUGCAGGGAUUUUUUUUUUCAGAAAUACCAAAUUUGGUUGCUAGGGGACAGACAAAUUAUCUCCAAAUAACCCAAGAAUUGGUUGUUGUUGUUUUUUUCGUGGGGGACACAGGAAAAAAUCAUCUCCACCUUUGCUGUGUUCUUCAAAUGCUGUUAGGACAAUCCGUGGAAAGGCUAAAGUGAUGUCUUCAUAAAAAGAACCCAUCUCAGCAGUGAUGCUGUGCGUAUAAUAAAUCCAACAUUGCAGUCAGGGCUAAAAUCCACAUCCUGUCUCUUUGGUCUUGUAAUAAAUGUGCUUCUUUUGUUUGGUGGAACUUUAUUUUCCCCCUUGGAAAAGGGAUGAGAAAAAGCGAAGACCCAGAUAAGCAGGGAUUAACACCAGACAAACGAUCAAGGAGAAAACAAUUCCUAUUCAAGGAAGUACCAAGGAGAAAAGUAUACCCUGGCCAACAAUCCCAGGGCAAAGUGCUAUAUAUAAACAGAGAGUAAACCACACAUUCCCUUACACUGAUGAUGUUAUCUAGUCAGGUAAUGAAAUGUCUGUCAGCAAACAGCCAAGCUAAGAGAGCACCAAGAACGCCAUACUGCAACUCAUCCUGUGCAUUCUAGGUGUUGUAGUCCUACCUGUUCUAGAGGGCCCUGGUUAUUGGAAAACUGAACCAUUUCAGUUAGGGCUUCCUUUUUAGAGAUUCAGCUAUGAUUGCUCAGUAUAAAAUUAUUAUAUACACCUCAAAGUAACAUAUAUUCUCCACAAGGUUCUUUUUGUAACUAAUUUUUCAGAUUUAUACAUAAAAUAGGUAGUUUCCUCCUCCAUCACUGCCAGGAACCUCCUUGUAACA